AUGCUGAGAUGUAAUUGUUAUUAAUAUACUCUAGUUAGGAUUCAUUUUUAAUAUAAUUAUAUAUUCUAGAUAGUUUAUGACAUUCUUUUUUAACAUAUUCAAUUUAUUUAUUAUCAAGGAUACAUUAAUGCAUUUAAACAUAUUUAAAAGAAUUUUUAAGCCAUUUUUAAUGGAUCAUUUUAUCACUUGAAGCUAUUUCAGAAAGAUUAAAUAUCUAAAAGAUAUCAUCCUUCUCUUACAUAGUCAUUUUUUUAGGUCUUCCAGAAGGAAUAAUUCUAUUAUAAGUCAUAUUUUAGUGGUUUUUUUUGA